AUGGCCAGUCUCUCCCAGCUCAAACGCAAAGACCUCUUCCAGCAAAAAGGGUUCAUUUCAGAUGAAUGGGUCGAUUCCGCAGGCGGCCGCGUGUUCGAUGUCGUCAACCCUGCGACCCUCGACACGAUCGCCACACUGCCCGAGAUGAAUGCCGCCGAUACUGAGGCCGCAAUUCACGCCGCGCAUGAAUCGUUCAAGACUUACAAGAAUACUUCAGCCCGGCAGAGAGCUACUUGGCUUCGGCGCUGGCAUGCCCUGUGUCUCGAGCAUGCUGAUGAUCUGGCUUUGAUUCUCACGCUGGAGAAUGGGAAGACAUUAGCAGAGGCCAAGGGGGAGGUUCUCUACGGCGCUUCAUUCCUAGACUGGUUUGCCGGCGAGGCAGAGAGGGUCCAUGGCGAGGUCGUGCCUGCUGCGAAUCUCGGACAGCGCAUCUUGACGAUCAAGCAGCCGCUCGGGGUUGCAGCGUGUCUUGCGCCGUGGAAUUUCCCUAUCGCGAUGAUCACUCGCAAAGUCGGGGCUGCACUUGCGGCCGGCUGUACGACUGUUUGGAAACCUGCUGGUGAGACGCCGCUGAGUGCCCUUGCCCAGGCUGUUCUUGCUGUUGAGGCUGGCUUUCCAAAGGGGAGUAUUAAUGUCAUUACUACGCUGAACAAUGUGGCUGAGGUUGGAGAAGCACUCUGCAAGUCCAAGCUUGUUCGCAAGCUUAGUUUCACCGGGUCUACGAGGGUCGGGAAACUGUUGGCUCAGCAGUGCAGCCAGAAUCUAACCAAGCUCUCUCUUGAGCUGGGUGGGAACAGUCCGUUUAUUGUCUUUGAUGAUGCGAAGAUCGAGACUGCUGUCGAGGCCUGCAUGAUGGCCAAAUUCCGCAACUCGGGCCAGACUUGUGUCACUGCGAACAGGGUUUUUGUGCAGGAGGGUAUCUACGAGCAGUUUGCGUCUGCCUUGGUCGAGAAGAUCAAGAGUCUCAAGGUCGGAAAUGGGGUUGAGGCUGGUGUCACCAUUGGUCCUCUUAGUCAUGACCGCGCUGUCGAGAAAGCUCUCGGUCAUAUAGAUGACGCCAAAGCAAAGGGUGCAUCCAUCUUACUAGGCGGACAGUCAUUCCAGCCUGAUAACUUGCAGGGCUACUUCAUUCAACCUACGGUCAUCAGUGGAAUGUCAACCGAGUCCCUGACGACACGCGAGGAGGUCUUUGCCCCUGUUCUUGCGUUGUAUCCCUUCAAAACCGAGGAGGAAGUAAUUGAAAAGGCCAACGACUGCGACGUCGGCCUGGGCAGCUUCAUCAUCACUGAAUCCAUGGCUCGUAUUUGGAAGGUUGCAGAAAGUCUGGAGGUUGGUAUGGUUGGCGUCAACUUGGGCAUGUUGAGCGCUUGCGAGAGUCCGUUUGGAGGUGUCAAGGAAUCGGGAUACGGACGCGAAGGAGGACGCCAGGGGAUUGAGGAGUAUCUUGCAGUCAAGAGCAUUGUGAUCAAUGUGUCUUAA